AUGAACACCAAAACACUCUCAGUGUCUCCUCUUCCUACUUUGGGUAUUCAUUCAUCAGAAAAGCCAACUCUUACUCGCUAUAACCCUCGCUCACGUAACCAUUCUCUCAAACUCUUAUCCUCCACCAACCUCAACUUCACUCCCAUAACUCCCACUUUGAGAGAAAUAUGCCAAGAUCAUGUUCCUCACCAUGUUUUGCAAAGAAUGCAAGAGAUUGGAUAUGUCAUGCCCACAGAUGUUCAGAAGCAAGCGUUGCCUUAUCUUUUCUCCGGGCGUGAUUGCAUCCUUCAUGCUCAGACAGGUUCUGGGAAAACGCUUACAUACCUGCUUUUGAUCCAUUCCAUUGUCAAUGCUGGAAAAUCUUCUGUACAAGCUCUAGUUUUGGUGCCCACACGUGAACUUGGCAUGCAAGUCACUAAGGUUGCUAGGACAUUGGCUGCAAAACCAGAUGGAGUUGAUGGGGAGCAGAAGUUAUGUACCAUCAUGGCUCUGUUAGAUGGAGGAACAUUGAGAAGACACAAGAGUUGGUUGAAGGCGGAGCCUCCAACAGUAGUGGUUGCAACAGUUGGGAGUUUAUGCCAAAUGCUUGAAAGACAUACUUUUUCGCUUGAAACUGUGCGGGUGCUGAUUGUUGAUGAGGUUGACUGCAUUUUCAAUUCCUCAAAGCAAGUGAGUUCUCUACGAAAGAUUUUGACUACAUAUUCAUCUUGUAGUAACCGUCAGACAGUUUUUGCCAGUGCAUCUAUACCACAGCACAAACGAUUUCUUCACGACUCUGUGCAGCAGAAGUGGACAAAGAGAGAUGUGGUUCAUAUUCAUGUGAGUGCAGUGGAGCCCAUGCCAUGUCGCCUAUAUCAUAGAUUUAUAAUGUGUGAUACAAAAAGAAAACUACAAACCGUGUUAUCCUUGAUACAAUCUGAUGCACCUGAGUCUGGCAUUAUAUUUGUUGGUGAGCAGUCUGAGAAGUCAAAAAAGGCUGGCAAUGCUCCAUCAACCUCCCUUCUGAUUGACUUUUUGAAGACAUCAUAUCAAGGUUCUUUAGAUAUUCUCCUUCUCGAAGACAAAAUGAAUUUCAAUUCACGAGCAGCUUCACUAUUGGAGGUUAGAAAAGGCGGUGGCUAUCUACUUGUAGCAACAGAUAUAGCUGCUAGAGGAGUUGACCUUCCAGAAAUGUCUCACAUUUACAACUUUGAUUUGCCAAGGACUUCCAUCGAUUAUCUUCAUCGAGCAGGGAGAACUUGUAGGAAACCCUUUUCAGACAACAAUUGUACUGUUACUAGCAUUAUUGUUCCAGAUGAGCGAUUUGUUCUGCAGAGAUAUGAAAAUGAGUUGAUGUUUAACUGUGAAGAGCUUAUUCCAUAA